AUAGCUUACAGCAUAUCAUGAAGAUUUUAGAACACGCGGAGUCUCCAGAAGUGUACAAGAUUGCGGAUAUUUUCGGUGUGCUGUCAAAAUCUCGAUACGCGAAGUUUCUUAGUAGCCUGUAACUAGAAUCUUAAUAAACUUCACGAAUUAUGUGUUAUUUCUAAUUAUAAAUCUAAUACACAAAUACAGAAAUUAAUUUUUAAAUACUACCAAAAUAUUUUAAAUAUGGCAACGCUUCGAGCUGUAUUGCACUUUGGUGAUACCUCAGGUAAAUGUUUCCUUACGGCAGCGUCCUGCCGGAGGGCCAAAUUUGAGCCGCAGACUACCCUGAAGCACAUUCGAUGCUUUCGCCGAUUUAGAGAUUCUUCGAAGCAAAUUGAUAGUCCUAUCCCGAAUGUGCAAAUUGAAUCAGGCCCUAUGCACUUCAGUAGACUAUGGAAACCCUUUGGGUUUACCGUUAUGUUCAGUGGUGCUACAAUAGUUGGUGCAGCUAUCUGGGAAUAUGAGAAGAUUCGGAAACAAACAUAUAGAGUCAUCAAUCAAUAUCAGCAGUAUCGAAUUAGAAAAAUUGGAUGGAGAGGAGAGAUGGAAAAUUGGUGGAGAAGCUUAACAGAUGGGCAAAAAAUAUUUGUACCUAUAUGUUUCAUAAAUGUUCUGAUAUUCUGUGCCUGGAGAAUACCAUCAUUUCAGGGCACAAUGCUUCGUUACUUCUGUGCAAAUCCAGCUUCGAGUGCAACAUGUUGGCCUAUGUUACUUUCAACAUUUUCACAUUACUCAAUACUUCAUUUGGCUGCAAACAUGUAUGUACUGCACAGCUUUAGCACUGCUGCAGUAGCUGCUCUUGGCAAAGAACAAUUUAUGGCACUGUAUCUAUCCAGUGGAGUUAUUUCUAGUUUUAUCAGCCAUGUCUACAAAACUGCUUUCUCUCGACCUGGUCUCUCUCUUGGAGCUUCCGGAGCUAUCAUGGGGAUUUUAGGAUUUGUGUGUACUCAUUAUCCGGAUACACGACUCAGUAUUAUCUUUUUACCCAUGUAUACUUUCACAGCAGGCGCGGCAAUCAAAGUUUUAAUAGGUAUGGAUCUUGCGGGUUGUGCUUUGGGGUGGCGGUACUUCGACCAUGCCGCGCAUUUAGGUGGUGCUUUGUGGGGAAUAUUCUGGCAAAUGUGGGGUAACAUCAACAUCUGGCAAAAACGCGAGCCUGUUUUGACGUUUUGGCACGAAUUGCGUAAUCCACCACGAUCUCCUUAACGAUGAUUUCUUUUAUAGAGCGUCCUUCGAUACUGGUAGAGUAUCAGCUUACUUAAAACCAUGUACAUUUUGUAAAACAUUAUUUAUGCAAGUGAUGAAAGAAUAUGAACAAGAAUUAAUAUUGUUGUCAGAAAGAGAUAUAUUAACAAUAUAUUUUUAUUGUUGAACCUUUAA